AGCCCGAGCCGGGUUUGUUCCUCUCCCCGUUUCACCCCCGGUGCUUCGCGGCCGCAGCGCCUUCCCCGAUCCCUUCCCUGCACAAACCCCUCACAAACCGCCCUCCCUUCACACUUCUCCCUCAUGGCCCUCAGCCAAUCAGCGACGCCUCCUUUGCGCGCCUCAUCUCUGAUUAGCUGAUACCGCAUAAACUGGGAGAGCGUGGCUUAGUCAAUAUCUGCCUUCUGAUUGGUUGGAGGCCUGACCUGGCGGCCUAUAGGAGGCGGGCCUCGGGAAGGGGAGGGGCUAAGGUCGCUGAGGCGAGGAAAAAGGGGCGGGAAGGCGCCGGAGCUCUUGAGGGGAUUUUGCUGCUUUUUCCUCUUUUGGCAGCAGAAAAUCAAUUUAGUACCUUAGAUUUUACUAAAAUAUAGCGAAGAAUGGCUUAAACUUCAGAGAAGCCUUUAGUCCUGCGGCAUGAGUGAGCCAGAGAGAAGCCACUGUGGUGCAGAUGUUCCUCUCCAGGCUCUCUGACAAGGACCUGGCCAUGGCACCGCUGGCUACAGACAAGCGAUACAACCCCCUGCCCUUCCCCAUCUCUCCCCUCUGUCCCCAGGCCAUGGCGGAGCCCCCGGUGGUGCCGGUGUUCUGCACCGGGGUCUCGGCUCAGGUGCGGCGCCAGCGCGCCAAGGAGCUGGGGCUGGGCCGGCACGACAACGCCGUGCGGUACCUGGGGCAGGACUACGGGCAGCUGCUGCAGGAGUGCCGCAGCUCCGGGACGCUGUUCCAGGACCCCUCGUUCCCCCCGGCCGCCUCCUCUGGGUUCCGCGAGCUGGGCCCCGGCUCCUCCAAAACCCGCGGCGUGCAGUGGAAGAGGCCCACGGAGCUGUGCCCGCGGCCGCAGUUCAUCGUGGACGGCGCCACACGCACCGACAUCUGCCAGGGAGCGCUGGGUGACUGCUGGCUGCUGGCGGCCAUCGCCUCGCUGACGCACGAGACGCUCCUGCACCGCGUGGUGCCGCACGGGCAGAGCUUCCAGCAGGGCUACGCCGGCAUCUUCCACUUCCAGAUCUGGCAGUUUGGCGAGUGGCUGGACGUGGUGGUGGACGAUUUCCUGCCCACCAAGGACGGCAAGCUGCUCUUCGUGCACUCGGCCGAGGGCUCCGAGUUCUGGAGCGCGCUGCUGGAAAAGGCCUACGCCAAGGUGAACGGCUGCUACGAGGCUCUGUCGGGCGGCAGCACCUCCGAGGGCUUCGAGGAUUUCACGGGCGGCGUCACCGAGUGGUUCGACCUGCGCCGGCCGCCGGCCGACCUCUACCAGAUCAUCCUCAAGGCGCUGGAGCGCGGCUCGCUGCUCGGCUGCUCCAUCGACAUAACGAGCGCCUUCGACAUGGAGGCCGUGACCUUCAAGAAGCUGGUGAAGGGCCACGCCUACUCGGUGACCGGCGCCAAGCAGAUCCCGUACCGCGGGCAGGCCCUGGAGCUCAUCCGGAUGCGCAACCCCUGGGGAGAGGUGGAGUGGACGGGCGCCUGGAGCGACGGCUCGGCCGAGUGGCACGCGGUGGAGCCGGCGCUGCGCCAGCAGCUCAUGGUCAAGAUGGAGGACGGCGAGUUCUGGAUGUCCUUCCGGGAUUUCCUGCGGGAAUUCACCCGCCUGGAGAUCUGCAACCUCACGCCGGACGCGCUGCAGUCGCGCAAGUUCCGCAAGUGGAACACGCGGCUCUACGACGGGACGUGGCGGCGCGGCAGCACCGCCGGCGGCUGCCGCAACUACCCCGCCACGUUCUGGAUCAACCCCCAGUUCAAGAUCCAGCUGGACGAGGUGGACGACGACAGGGACGAGGACGGCGGGCGCGAGCCGGGCUGCAGCUUCCUGCUGGCGCUGAUGCAGAAGCACCGGCGCCGCGAGCGCCGCUACGGCAAGGACAUGGAGACCAUUGGGUUCGCUGUCUAUGAGGUCCCUCCCGAGUACGUGGGGAGGUCGGGCGUGCACCUCAAGCGCGAGUUCUUCCUGGCCAACGCGUCGCGCGCGCGCUCCGAGCAGUUCAUCAACCUGCGCGAGGUGAGCACGCGCUUCCGCCUGCCGCCCGGCGAGUACAUCGUGGUGCCCUCCACCUUCGAGCCCAACAAGGAGGGCGACUUCGUGCUCCGCGUCUUUUCCGAGAAGAAAGCCGGCACCGAGGAGAUGGACGACAAGAUCCAGGCCACGCUGCCCGAUGAGAAAGUGCUGAGGGAGAGCGAGAUCGAUGAGAACUUCAAGCAGCUCUUCAAGCAGCUGGCGGGGCCGGACCUGGAGAUCAGCGUCACCGAGCUGCAGACCAUCCUCAACCGCAUCAUCGCCAAACACAAAGACCUGCGCACCAAGGGCUUCAGCCUGGAAUCCUGCCGGAGCAUGGUGAACCUCAUGGACAAAGGACGGAAUGGGAAGCUGGGGCUGGUGGAGUUCAACGUGCUCUGGAACCGCAUCCGCAACUACCUGAGCAUCUUCCGCAAGUUUGACCUGGACAAGUCGGGCUCCAUCAGUGCCUACGAGCUGCGCCUGGCGCUGGAGGUCGCAGGGUACCGGCUGAACAAGAGGCUGCACGAGCUGCUCAUCACGCGCUACGCCGAGCCCGACCUGGCGCUGGACUUCGACAGCUUCGUCUGCUGCCUCGUGCGCCUGGAGACCAUGUUCCGGUUUUUCCAAGCCAUGGACGUGGACCAGGACGGCGUCGUCACCUUCGACCUGCUGCAGUGGCUCCAGCUCACCAUGUUCGCCUGACCGGACUCUCCAAGUGCCUUCCACGACCCCGCGCCAGUUUCUCCCAUUUUUUGGCUUUUUUCAGCAGAAAAGGCUGGAUGGGGGGGUGGGGUGGGGGUCACACGGGACCCCCCCCAGCUUUGCCAAAGCUCCCGUCCCUCCCUCACCUCACGCUCGGCCCUUUUGGGGCAAAUCCUCUGGAUUUUGGUGCCUCCUGUGCUGACGGAGCCCCGGCCGUCGUCCUUUGCUUCAGGGAUCUGCUGCCCCCGGGUGCCAGCAAAUGACUUUUUUAUUGUAUAAAUUAAAAAUGAGAUAAAAACCAAAGAAAAAAAAAGUUAUUUAAGUCAAAA